CACUGGCCUAUCGAUAGUUCCGGGCGAUAGGUUUUCGCAAAAGAGUGGCAUCCCCGCUGUUUGGUCUCGAAAUUUGUAAAAAUUGAGUUUUUCGUAUUGUUUCGGUUUUGUUCUCGUUUAAAAGAAUGGACAAGAAGGAAUCAGGAGUGGAGGCUUUUGCACCAGAAACCAUACAGAAAAUGGACGAGGAUGCUGCCGCCGCGGCGGCCGUUGAUUCUGAUGUGUUGGCCGCCAGCAAGAUGUUGAUUCCAGUCACAAAGACGCCGGAGGAUAACAAGGAAGUCCUUGGAAUGCACGAGGACGAGCUCAUCUCGCAGGAGACGCUGCGCGCCUCACCCAUCCAGUGGCCGGAGCGAUUCCCCGGAAUGGAGGAGUUCCUUACCAUGAGCGACACGCCCAUCUACACACCCACCAUGGAUCGUAGCAACAAUCUGACCGCCGAGGACAUAGCCCACAUGAAUCAGCUCUCCCAGCUGGAGCCCGAUCAGCUGGUGGAGAAGAUCAAGUCGCUGCAAGACGAGAUCUACCAGCUGGGACUGCGCGAGGCCAAGGAGAUGACUCGCGGCAAGCUGCUGGGCAUCUUUGACCGCGACCAGCUGCCCAAGCGGCAGCCGUAGGAUGACCAUGAUCUCGUCCCUAGAGACUUAGCUGUAGUUAUAGUGUAUAUAUGUAUGUAACGGCGCGAGUGUAGAGUAAAAGAGAGCAAACAAGGACCAAAACGAGUGACAGAACCAGUAA